AUGAACUCUCCCACAACUGUGCUGUACCUGCUGCCAGCGAGCUUCUUGGUUGUUUUCCAUUCUGAAAGCAAGGAAAAGGUGUUAAAUCAGAGUCAAGGAAAGGACAUAACAGUCAGGAUCUACCAGGAUUUAGACGUUGCUUUUAGUGAAAAAACUAAGACAAUGUUGUCUCAGAAGCAAGCAGAAGAAGCAAUAGUCUCUAACUAUAGCGAGACAGAUCAACAUGAAGGCAAAGAAGAAGAGAAAGAAGAGAACCUCUCGUUGUUUAGUGUCAAGAGCGUUCUCUGGCAUGGUGGUUCUGUCUGGGAUGCCUGGUUCAGUUGUGCUUCCAAUCAAGUAGCACAAGUGCUGCUGACACUGCCUUACUCUUUCUCUCAGCUUGGCAUACUAUCUGGGGUAUUGCUUCAGAUAUUCUAUGGGAUUUUGGGAAGCUGGACAGCUUACCUUAUAAGUGUGCUUUACAUUGAGUACAGAAGCAGAAAGGAGAAGGAGAACGUUAACUUCAAGAACCAUGUCAUACAGUGGUUUGAAGUGCUUGAUGGGUUAUUGGGUCCAUACUGGAAGGCACUAGGACUUGCCUUCAACUGUACUUUCUUACUCUUUGGAUCUGUCAUUCAGCUCAUUGCGUGUGCAAGUAAUAUUUACUACAUCAAUGACCAUCUGGACAAGAGGACUUGGACUUACAUUUUUGGAGCUUGUUGUGCCACCACAGUUUUUAUUCCCUCUUUUCACAACUACCGUAUUUGGUCUUUUCUUGGUCUUGGCAUGACAACAUAUACUGCCUGGUACUUAGCCAUAGGAGCUCUUGUUCAUGGCCAAGUUGAAGGAGUGAAACAUUCUGCUCCUACAAAGUUGGUACUUUACUUCACCGGAGCCACCAACAUCCUCUACACCUUUGGUGGACAUGCUGUCACUGUGGAAAUUAUGCAUGCCAUGUGGAAGCCACAAAAGUUCAAGUACAUUUACUUGCUAGCCACUCUCUACGUGUUCACCCUAACAAUUCCUUCAGCUACCGCCGUCUAUUGGGCCUUUGGUGACCAACUCCUCAACCAUUCCAAUGCCUUUUCUCUCCUCCCCAAGAACGGUUUCCGUGAUGCUGCAGUGAUCCUCAUGCUUAUUCACCAGUUUAUCACAUUUGGGUUUGCAUGUACACCAUUAUACUUUGUGUGGGAGAAGGUAAUAGGGAUGCAUGACACGAAGAGUAUUUGCUUGAGGGCACUUGCAAGGCUGCCGGUGGUGAUACCCAUUUGGUUUUUAGCUAUAAUCUUCCCAUUCUUUGGACCUAUCAACUCAGCAGUUGGUGCUCUUUUGGUUAGCUUCACAGUUUACAUUAUCCCAUCUUUAGCCCACAUGCUCACUUACAGAAAAGCCACCGCGAGACAGAAUGCUGCAGAAAAGCCUCCUUUCUUCAUGCCAAGCUGGACGGCCAUGUUUGUGAUCAACGCCUUUGUGGUGGUGUGGGUGCUGGUGGUUGGUUUUGGGUUCGGCGGAUGGGCUAGCAUGACCAACUUUGUUAAGCAAGUAGACACGUUUGGGCUCUUCGCUAAGUGCUAUCAAUGCAAGCCAGCAGGACCUCCAGCAGCGGCAGCGCCACCAGCCCCGCAUCCCUGA